AUGGGCAAACACCGCUCCUCGGGCGCCCCCGCGUACGACCAGUUCGGCGAGCUGGGCCUGCCGCAGGACCGCGAAGAAAGUCAACGCCAAGGUCAACGCCAAGGUCAACGCUUCGGCGGCGGCGGGGCCUCCGGGCCCAGCCCCAUCGUGUACGAGCGGCACGUUCCAAAAUUUCUGCAGCCGUAUGCGCAUCUGAUCGACAAGAGGCGGAAUCCGUUCGACGGGGGAGGCGGGGGGGAGGAGGCGGGGGCGAGGGGCAGGGCGGGGCUGGAGCAGGCGGAGGAUGGGGAUGACGAUCGGGACCAGGCGGAAGCCAUACAACGGGCCCUUGAAGAAAAUCCUGAGCUUGCCAAGGAGCUGGGCUCAGAGGUUGUUGACAAGGCAAGGGCUCUGGCUGAGAAGGAGGCAGGCAAUGAGGCAUUUUCAGAGGGUCGGUAUGAAGAUGCUGUAAAGAGGUUCACAGAGUGCAUAAAGCUGGAUGGCAGCAACGAGAUUUACUACAGCAACCGGUCUGCCGCCCAUGCCAAGGCGGGCGACUUUCCAUCGGCCCUGAGAGAUGCAGAGGCUGCGCUGCGCCUCAAGCCGAGAUGGGUGAAGGGCUGGGCGCGCAAGGCAGCGGCGCUGCAGGGCCUCAAUUACCACUCGGAGGCCAAGGAGGCGUACGAGCGGGCGCUGGAGAUCGAGCCGGACGAUGAGACAUUGCGCAAGGGGUACGAGAAGGUGAGGUGCCGAAGGGCUGGAUGUGUUUGA